GCUAACAACAAAGCGCCGGGUGUGAAGAUGUACUAUUACAGGUAUGAAAAUGCAGAGGUCAGCUGUUGCUAUAAGUACCUCAUGUUCAGCUAUAACAUCGUCUUCUGGCUGGCUGGAGCGGCUUUCAUUGCUGUCGGCUUUUGGGCCUGGAGUGAAAAGGGUGUGUUGUUGGACCUGACCCAGGUGACACGGUUGCAUGGUUUUGACCCGGUUUGGGUGGUGCUGGUUGUGGGCACAGUCACCUUUGUUUUGGGCUUCGCUGGCUGCGUAGGAGCUCUGAGGGAGAACAUCUGCCUUCUCAAAUUUUUCUCAGGAGUCAUUGGGUUCAUCUUCUUCUUGGAGCUUACUGCAGCAGUGCUGGCGUUCGUUUUUCAGGAUCCACUGAGGGAGUGGAUUAACGAUUUCUUCUUGGCCAAUGUCAAGGCCUACAGGGAGGAUAUCGACCUUCAAAACCUCAUUGACUCCCUCCAAAAACUGAACCAUUGCUGUGGUGCCAAGGACCCAAACGACUGGAACCUUAACGUGUAUUUUAACUGCACUCAACUCAACCCUAGCAGAGAGAGAUGUGGUGUGCCUUUCUCUUGCUGCCUCAGUGAUCCUGCAGACACAGUGGUGAACACACAAUGUGGUUAUGAUGUCCGGGAUAAAGGAAACAUGAAUGAUUGGAGCAACAAAAUUUAUGUGAAAGGCUGUAUCGCAGCCCUGGAGGAUUGGCUUCCAAGAAAUAUCUAUAUAGUGGCUGGAGUAUUCAUCGUCAUAUCUCUGCUCCAGAUGAUGGGCAUCUUCCUGGCCAGGACGCUGAUAGGAGACAUAGAGAAGGUCAGAUAUAACUAUUAAUAAGAUGCAUCCCUACGGACUGAAAGGGGGAAGGUGUUGUGAGAGACAAAUAUCUCUUUUCAAACUGCUGCUGCCUCUUUCCCAUCAGUUUCUGUGACAUUUUCUGUGGCUCAUCAAGAAAAGGAAAGGGGAAUUGGAAACUGUAGAUCCAUAUUCACCUCCCGUCAUAUCUGGAUCACCUCUUUAACUCACUCUAAAGGGACAGAGACUUUGGACACACCCAAGCAGUGAUACACAAAGCUGCCUUCCUCCAGCUGGACAUCCCAGCACGUGCCUUUUUUCCCCUCUAGGGGGCAGUCAGACAGUUGUGGAAUUGUCAAGAUCUCUCAGGCGUCUCUAUGUUUUGUGUGUGUGUGUGUGUCUGUUUCCUUAUAUAUGUUGUUUUUCUCCUUGGGACCAGCAUUAUCCAAUAAAAGAUGAAAAUGGAAGACAAUACUACAUUGGAUCCACAAGAUCAUGAAUGGAUGUAUAUAGCUCUACAGGUGGAAUUUUGGUGUCUUCACGUGCAGUUUACAGUAGCAGAUGUCUGUUAAUCAUUUCAGACCUGUCAAAAAUGAACUAACUUACCAGAGGAGGCUUCAGUUAAAGAACCACCACUGCUCAUGACAUCAGCUUCUCUUAAACUCAAGGCCUUAUUCUAGUAGUCACCCUGAAUUCCCCAUAGGGUCUGAUUGUGUCUGAUGCAUGCCAAGACACUUCUGAACAGCUCUCUAUGAGUCACUGAUUCAACUAGUGUGAAGUUAGGAGUAUAAAACAUACAGGAUGUCCUUGAGCCCUGCUGCUCUCUGAGUCGUGCCCGUUUCCUCCAAGACUCUGCAAAACAGCGGUUUAAGUAAAAAGAGAAGGGACGAAUAGAAUUAGAUUGAAAAGAGCUUUAAAAACAAAAAAAAUGUGUAAGACAUUUCGAAUGGCACAGUUUUUUUUCUUAUCCCUUGUUAAAGUGUCGAAAUCUUAGCUGACUUGAUAAAGAUUGGCCUGAGUCAUUCUGAUCAUUUCUUUUCAUGUCUGCUGCAGAGUUUGAAUCUGCUACAAAUUCAGCAGAGACAGGCGAGAGGCAGUGUGUGUUGUAGAGGAAGUGAGGGCCAAAGAGAAGGUAAAGGUAGGAGCUGUGUCACUCAAAUGAGUCAUACGCAAAGCUAGCAGUUAGGACCCAUUAUGUAACAUUAUUAAACGCAUGCAACUUCUUUAGUUGUUUAUUGUGAGUUCACCGUGCAAAUAUCUAUGUAUAUAUAUUUUUUUUAACUGGCUAGAUAUUUUUAUGAGCCCAUUAUGUGAGGUUUGUAUUUGCUUAUAAGUGGUUUUAUGAUGCGGUAUUGCUGCUUCGUAAAGCACUGUAGGUGCGGCCUUAAAUUGAAGUCUUGCUUUUAUUCACCUGUCAGAACACUUACGUGGCCUACUCAGAGGAGCAGUAGACAGAGCUUAAAUAGUCUCUUGCCUUUGGAAAAUGUAAGUAUUUCAAAAGCUUGUGGUAGUUUGAAAUAGACUAAACGUAUCUUUUCGCCUUCCUUCUUGCCCAGCGAGGAGCAUGAGCACUUGUUUUGACACAAUACCUCUAGUUUUCUACUUACGACCAUGUCUUGUACUCGCGUACUGUGCCUUCUCUCUUGGCAAAAGAGACUGCACCUGUGAGCAUAGCAAAGCUGUGUAUGCUGCAUUUUCCUCUUGUUAAACUUUCUCCUCUCUGAUUAGAAAGUGAUCCCUGUGUCAUCUGAGGACUUGUCUUUUGGAGUUGGCAAGAAGUUUUGGGCGUUUUUUUUUUUUUUUU